GUGCCAAACAAACAUGCCCUUAGUACCAAAUAUUGAAUUUUUUGGGAAUUUCUAUAAUUAACCGGUUAAUUCGGUUAACCGAUUAAUCGGUCCGGUUUAACCGACCGGUUAAUCGGUUAACCGAACCAAAAAUCGGUUCGAUUUUCGAUUAUCAAUUUCAGCCUUAAUCGGUUCUGAUUAACCGGUAAAUCGAUUCGGUUAUAAUCGAACCGGACCGAUUACCAGCCCUACGUACCACACACCAUUGCACUCUUUGUACUGUUUUUCUUUUCGUUCACGAACAAUCGUGUAAAGACCAGAUUGUAAAUUUAAACCCUAAUUUCACAAAUUCUCGAUUUCUUUCUAAUUGGCUAUCGAGAGAUAGUUUUGGUUCAGCAGAAAGAGAAGAAGAAGAAGGAAAACAAUCCAUAACUUAGGGUUCAAUUUGGGGGAAUGGCAUCCGAGAAGAAGGCGUCGGAGGGCAUAGCGUUGCUCUCGAUGUACGGCGACGAAGAUGACGAGAUGGAAGAACUCGAUGAGGAAGUAGAAAACAUUCAUGAAGAUGGAAUUCCCCCGCCGGCGUCGGAUGCCGUCGCCGUGAACGAGAAUGAUGGUAUUAACGAUUACGGCAAUGAACAAAUGCAGCGGCAACAGGAAGAGAGAGGUCAAUUCAACGACUACACUCCUCCAGCAUCCGCGACUCCGCAGCAAAAUCUCUUCUCGCCCCAAGAGCGGAUGCAAGCACAACAUUUUAGUUCGGAUUUGAAUAAUGUUCAGAGCCAAAAGAGUCGACUGACUAUUGUGGAUUAUGGCCAUGAAGAGGGCGCGAUGUCUCCGGAAGCAGAGGAAGGUGAAAUCAUGGCAACUGGUCGAGUAACGUAUGGAGAGCAACUUCAAAGUAGUGAUGGUGAAUCACGAGAAAAGAUAUCACCAGGUAUGGCUCGGCAUCCAACACCUAGCACUCAAGGUGCAACCCCCCAAUCAUUGGAGCCAGCUGAUCAGCCUGAAUCAGAUGCCAUGAAUUAUGCUACAAAUGAAUCAGAAGCUGCAGGGACUGAGGAUGCUGUUAUGGGUUCUGUCGAGGAUCAAAAGGAUGUCGAUCCAUUGGACGACUUUUUGCCCCCACCUCCCAAGGCCAAAUGCUCAGAAGAACUACAAGAGAAGAUUAGUAGGUUUCUUGCUCUAAAGAAGACUACUGGAAGAAGCUUUAAUGCAGAGGUGCGGAAUAGAAAGGAAUAUCGAAAUCCUGAUUUCCUGCUGCAUGCUGUGACUUACCAAGAUAUUGAUCAGAUAGGAUCCUGCUUCCGUAAAGAUGUAUUUGACCCUCACGGAUACGACAAAAGCGACUUUUAUGAUGAAAUAGAAGUUGACAUGAGACGGGAAAUGGAAAGGAAAGAGCAAGAAAGGAAAAAAAGUCAGAAGUUAGAGUUUACUCCUGGAGGAGUACAACCGGGAAAUGUUCUUCCUACAUCAAAAAUCAACAUACCAACUCCAGGAAAUGUACCACCAGCUACUUCAGACGGCAUGGCUCGGGAUGGUAGACAGAACAAAAAGUCAAAAUGGGAUAAGGUGGAUGUUGACCAAAAGAGUUCUUUGACCGCUGGAGGGCAAGAAAAUCUUUCUGCUGUUGGUGCUCAUGCAGCACUCCUAUCUGCCGCUAAAGCUGGUAGUGGAUACUCAGCAUUUGCGCAACAAAGAAGGAAGGAAGCAGAAGAUAGACGAUCUAGUGAUAGAAAAUCGGACAGAAGAUAGUGAAGUUGUCCUUUCUGAUGAUAAGGCCUGGACUUCCAUAUUAACCAUAAGGAUCGGCUAGUUACGAAGAUUUCAAGACCGUAGCCUAUCUUCAUAACAUACGCUAUACGCAUGGUCAUCGGCAAGUUUUAGAUAACAUCAAUCCAGUAUUUUGGUGGUUACACUAAUGGAUCGUAUAUACUCGAAAGUUGUACACUCAGGAUAAUCGACAUAUAGUGAAAUGCUUGAUCCUGUGCUGUCUCUAUUCGGAACAAUUUUUGGGGUGGGAUAGUUCAGUGAGUAUCAGGUAACGUUUUGCUAUUUAAUUUUUCAACGGUUGUUGAUUUUGUGAAAUUUAUUGCCUUGGUUUAUAUAAUCUUUCAGAGAUAUAUUUUCUGGGCCAAUGCUGUUCGUGUGUUUUGUGUCAUGAUGAGUUGUAAUUGGUUCUAUAUCCCAUCUUGUGUCACUGUCAGCAGUCAAAUGCCAUCAUUGAUGAUAUGGAAUCAAAGCAGAAAAGAAGACCAAUCUCAUACUUUAUUUUUUUUAUCAAA